CGUAUGCCAGCUCCAUAUAUCUUAUCUUUGUUUCACUUUGUUUCCACCAAGUUUCCUCUUCUAGCAAGUGGAGCUUCUAGUUGUUUGUGUGUAUAUAUAUAUAAACAUACGUUUUGUUCAUUUGACUUCAAUUUCUCGUUGUGGGUUUGAGUUCUGAUUUGCUGGAAAUAUCAAAAAGCAAGAAUCUUUGAUCUGGGUUUUGCUUGGAUAUAUAUUAAGGAGGACUACUAGUUUCAUAUCAAAGGCAAUGGACCACACUUCAUUGGAUCUGAAUACUAAGCCUUUGAGGCUUAUUGAUGAUGCUUGUUUAAGCAUACCAAGAGAGCUUGAAAACAAUCUAACUGAGCUAAGGAUGGAGAUUUCCGCCAAACAAGAGACUGGUGCUAUACUGGAGGAGUCGAACAGAGUCAGCGCGGAGAACAAGAGGCUAACAGAGAUGUUAACAGUGAUGUGUGAGAAUUAUAAUGCUUUGAGAAACCAGUUGACAGAUUACAUGAACAAAAAUGGCGAAAAGGAGCACAGUCCUUCCAAGAAAAGGAAGUUCGAGAGCAGCAGCAACAACAAUGGCAACAUCAAUCUUGGGAUUCUUGGGAAUUCCAUGAGUAGCUCAACUGAUGAAGAAUCAUCCAAGAAACCAAGAGAAGAAGUCGUCAAAGCAAAGAUUUCUAGGCUUUAUGUCAAGACGGAGGGCUCAGAUUCAAGCCUUAUUGUGAAAGAUGGAUAUCAAUGGAGGAAGUAUGGCCAAAAGGUCACAAGAGACAAUCCUUGCCCUAGAGCCUACUUCAAAUGCUCUUUUGCUCCAAGUUGUCCUGUCAAAAAGAAGGUCCAAAGAGAUGUUGAAGAUCAAUCUGUGUUGGUUGCAAUUUAUGAAGGGGAGCACAACCAUCCACAGCUUAAUCAAAUGGAGGCAACAUCAGGCUCAAGCAGGAUUCUGAACUUUGGUUCGGGCACCGGUGCAGCCUUGCUCGGCUCAUCAGGACCUACCGGGGCAGUUGAAGCGAGGAAAUCUAAGUCCAAUGUUGAUGCCAAAAGUCCACAACCAAGAAUUGAAUCACCAGAAGUGAAACAGUUUUUGGUGGAACAGAUGGCUUCAUCAUUGACCAAGGACCCCAAUUUCACAGCUGCUUUGGCUGCUGCCAUUUCUGGAAGAAUAUUUCCUCACAACCAUAAUGGAAAAUGGUGAACAACGGGUAUAUGAAUAUCAGUUCAGCUAUUUAGAGAGUUCUUCAAGUUUAGUUAGAUUUGUAAAUAUACAAACCUUGAGUAGAGAGUGAUUUUAAAUAUACAAACCUUGAGUAGAGAGUGAUUUCAAUGUCAAUUUCAAAUUUGUUCUGUGAAGAACAAAUGUAUUUCUGCAGAAGAAAAACGCCCAACACCUGCAAUGAACUGCUUGAGUUGAUCCAUUUUUUUUUACAAA